ACCCAAAGCCCGUAUUCAAAGCUGUGCCCUAUGUUUGCCCCGUUUGUCAAAUAUGAGGCGGAGCCCUCAGCCCCAACUGGCGAGCUUCCCUCAAAAGGCCAAGGCCAAGGCUGAGGCUCUUACUCUCUUUUCUACUGACUCCCCCCACCUUCUCCCAUCACAUCCAACAGCAACACACAAAUCAGAAAAUCAUGGCUUCAAUCCCCAUCAAAAUCCCCAAUGGGUUCCUGCCACCCCAACCACCUCCCACAGUUCACGUCCACCAAAUCGACUUUGAAACAUCCAACCCCGCCCUCCCAAAAUACAAAAACCACUUCGCCGCCGUGAUAGACGACUUCCUCACCGAGUCCGAAUGCCAAGACCUCAUCGCCCUCGCCGAAUCCAGCACCCGGAACGGCUGGGAACGCGCCAUGGUCAACAUCGGCGGCGGAAAACAAAUCCUCGCCACCGACGCCCGCAACUGCGCGCGCAUCAUGUGGGAUACUCCAGACAUCACACGGCGACUUCUCGCCCGCCUAACGCCGUUUCUCCGCGACUUCGAUAUCGAGUCGUUCACUGAUCGCACGAGCGUGACUGGGCUCAUUGGCCGGGGCAAAUCGUAUCGAUUGGCUGCGCUGAAUGAGCGAUUACGGUUCCUGCGGUAUGAGGGUGGUGAGUACUUUCGUCCGCAUUGGGAUGGGCAGUAUGAGGCGCCGAAUGGGGAUGUUUCGUUUUAUACAAUUCAGAUUUAUCUUAAUGGGGAAGGGGAGCAGGAUCUUGGGGAGUUGGGGAGGGCGGAGGAGAAGCCGACGAAGGUGAAUCCUGAUCCGAAGGGGAGGUUGUUGGGUGGGGCGACGUCGUUUAUUCCUAUUCCUAGUUAUAAGAGUGGGCAUGAGCAGUUGCGGAUCUUUCCGAGGACGGGGUCGGUGUUGAUCUUUCAGCAUAGUGGGCUGAUGCAUAGUGGGGAUCCCGUGUUUAGGGGGACCAAGUAUACUAUUAGGACGGAUAUUAUGUAUCGUCAGGUGUGAAUAGUGGAGAUUCUUUACUACGAAUGUAUUUAUAUGGCAAGCCAGCCCGCUGAUAGUAAGAAAGAAUGGAGAGUAUCAGAAAGUGA